AUGGGAAAUUUUCUCGCAAGAGCAUUUGCGGCGCUUAUAAAUAAGCGUGACAUGCGCAUUCUCAUGGUGGGGUUGGACGCAGCAGGGAAGACGACCAUUCUCUACAAGCUCAAGCUCGGCGAAAACGUCACCACUAUUCCCACCAUUGGCUUCAACGUGGAGACCGUGGAGUACAAGAACAUCAGCUUCACUGUCUGGGACGUGGGGGGUCAGGACAGGAUUCGCCCCCUGUGGAAGCACUACUUCCAGCACACCAACGGGCUCAUCUUUGUGGUGGACAGCAACGACCGGGACCGAGUGGCGGAGGCGAGAGAUGAGCUCCAUGCGAUGCUCAGUGAGGACGCCCUGAGGGAUGCGGCACUGCUGGUGUUUGCCAACAAGCAGGACCUUCCCAAGGCGAUGAGCGCAGCUGAGAUCACCGACAGCCUCUCGCUGCACACGCUCAGGAGCAGGAACUGGUACAUUCAGAGCACCUGUGCCACGUCAGGGGAAGGGCUCUAUGAGGGGCUUGACUGGCUCGCCAAGAACAUCACACUCAAGGACUAG